CUACAAGUUUCAAAGGUAGCGGUACGCUUACGGAAUUUCGUAUCAUCCGUUAGCAGUUUGGCUUUAUUGUUCGCUCUCUAUUCAUAACAUUUUAAGGGCUUACAUGAAUUCUGGGAAGUCAUCCUCGUUAGACUUCUGGUGCUUAGAUGAAGUUGUACGUAAAACAAAGUCUACUGUACUUGUGCUUGAGUCCUUAAAAUCAGAGCAACAACAGAUACUUUCUGACUUGGAUUCGAUUACCAAUUCUAAGGACUCAGAUGAAUAUGAGAUAUUUUAUGCCAAGGAAAAAGGGACUUCUUUGGACUCUAUUAUAAAGGAAAUUUGCAAGGGUCUAGAUGAUGCCAACGUUAUGGUUCUUGUUUGUGAUUACCUUCAAAAGGUUGAAGCUGAGAAACAGAAGUUGCGGUAUCAGGGACGUCGUCUUUUCCAAGAAAACUCGUGGUUGCGAGAUGAACUUGCCGCGGCGCAAGAUGCGCAUCGAAAAAGUGAACUACUUAUUGUUCAGCUUGAAGAGCAAGUGAAGCACCUUCAGUUUAGCAGCGAGUUACGGAAAUAUGAUUCAGAACCCGUAGAUUCGUUGGGGUUAGCUGAUGGUGAUAACAAUGGUAAGGCGGCUCUAGACCUUGGAUUUCCUCCAGACGACAAAGAAGAGGGAGAUCAGUAUGGAAUGACACAAAGUCAGACAGUAUCUAUGUCCCAAGGUGUUCAUUAUUAUGAGAUCCCAACGCGUUUGCGAACUCUUCACAAUUUGGUCAUACAGUAUGCUAGUGAGGGCCGAUACGAGGUUGCAGUUCCACUGUGCAAACAGGCUUUGGAAGAUCUGGAGAAGACCAGUGGACGCGAUCAUCCAGAUGUUGCAACAAUGCUAAAUAUUUUAGCACUUGUUUAUCGUGAUCAAGGUAAAUAUAGGGAAGCUGCAACAUUGUUAAACGAUGCCCUGACUAUUCGAGAAAAGACACUGGGCCCUGAUCAUCCUGCUGUAGCUGCGACUUUGAACAAUUUGGCCGUGCUUUAUGGUAAACGUGGAAAAUAUAAGGAAGCCGAACCUCUGUGUAAAAGAGCUUUACUGAUAAGGGAAACUGUUUUAGGACAGGACCAUCCAGAUGUUGCAAAACAACUAAAUAAUUUAGCUUUGCUGUGCCAAAAUCAAGGGAAAUAUGAAGAGGUGGAGUUAUAUUAUCAACGUGCUUUAGAAAUAUACAUGCAUGAUCUUGGACCAGAUGAUCCAAACGUGGCAAAAACUAAAAAUAAUUUAGCUUCAGCUUACCUGAAACAAGGCAAGUAUGGUGAAGCAGAGAAACUAUAUAAGGAAGUGCUUACAAGAGCGCAUGAAAAAGAGUUCGGAAAGAUUUCUGAUACUAAUAAACCAAUCUGGAUGAUUGCAGAAGACUAUCAAUCUUCGGCUAAUUCAAAUAAGGGCGGGAAUGCAACCGUUCAACCUGCGCGUAUUUCCCGUUUAGAAAGUCAAACUGUAGUUACAACACUUCGAAAUUUGGCUGCUCUUUAUCGUAGACAAGGAAAAUUCGAUGCAGCUAACGUAAUUGACGAUUGUGCUGCACAUUCUAAAGCAUUAUCAACUGUUGCUGACCCUAAUUGUGAUCAAUUGGAACAUAAUCCACGACUUCCAAACAACGAUCAUUAUCCUAAACGAACCUAUCCACGUUAUUCAUAUCAACGUGUUGAAGAUAGAUCUUUGAUCACUUCUUCACGUAGUCUUCUUGGUCCUCCAAAUGGUUAUCCCAUGAAUAGACGAUCACUUCCUCAUCCUAUUCGAGGGUUUUUCAGCAUGAAAAAGGCCCAAUCAAUGUCAACGCUUCCAGGAAACCCUAACAGUAAGGUGUUUUAUAUGCAGAUAAAAGAUUGUCGUUUCUUUUAUGAUGUAAGUGUAGCAUUAUUUAAUUAAAGAAUUAAUGCUCUACUCCUAUCCAGUAGUAUUUAUUUCAAAGUUUACCAUAUUACUAGUGGAGCUGUGGCUCAUCAGUUUAGGCACUUGACUUCCAAUCGGUGUGUCUCGGGUUCGAACCUUGAUCCACUUGCCAUAGUUUUAGCAGCCAGGUGAUAUCAUUAGUGCUCAUGCAAUAGGUAUGGGUACGUGCACAAGUUAGUUGAGUGCAUUUAGAUUUUUUCAUCAUAUUACUUGAAACUGAAUAUUAUGUUAGUAGAUAGUUGAAAGCAUUUACACAGAAUCAAUAUUUUGCACCAAUAACCGUUUCCUAUGGAUCGUAAAGAAAAAAAAUUACCCCGGCAAAGAAGUUUCUUUUUUAGUUGUUUUCUAAGUCUCUAAAUUUGUAAUAUUACGACUAUUUUUCUCUAUGUUACUUUUUCUGAGGUGAAGCGUUCGUUGUCUUUUUAAACAGCAUCAUCAGCAAAACCGUCAGAAAGUCAGCUGGGGUGGUUUUAUAACUUAUCAUGGUGACUUGAGAUCUAGUUUUGUUUACUUCCUUUUUAUUUAUGUCCUUAUCGCUUGAAUAUAUGUUUCAUUUGACCAUUCAUGUGAUAUGAGCAUUCUGUUGAUCGAAUUAGAAGUCGUCUAAUUAACUUUCCUUAUAGUGUACUGCUAUAUACAGUUGUGGGGAGUUUCUUGACUUGAUGUGUUAGUGAAGUAAUUAUAAACGAAAAUGAAAGUUUCCUACAUUAUGUAAUAAAAGUCCCAUGCAUUUUUCACUAUUCCAACCUUGUUCACUACUUAUCAUAUUGCUGUUAUUAUCACUAUUAUUAUGUUUAAUUUAUAUUUAUAGCAAGAAAAGCUUAGACAAAUGCGUGGUUCGACUAAUCCAAAAGAAAUUCGUUUUCGAGACAGUCAUGCCUAUAAUAGUAAUAAUAAUAAUUGUUAUUUUUCCCUUGAUGGAUGCGGUACACGAUCCCAAUAUAUGCCUGAGUUUAACUUUUCUGUUGACAACAGUUUAAAUCAAUAACGUUUCAUCAUUAUUAUUCAUGGUUUGAUUUAAAUUGUUUCUAGGUAACACCAGUGUUUUAAACAUUCUCUUUUACCUUUUUUUGUUUCCUUAUAUUAUCUACUUCUUCCUACCUCUUAUGGAUUGUAACAACAGUUGUGUUUUUUUUUUUGUCGGCAAUCAUAACGUAUGCCUCUACAUGUACUUGCUUAUAUUUUUGCAUAUAUGGGAGUGAGUUGAACAUUUUUCUCGAUUACAAUUACCUCUAGGUUCAGUCUGCCUCUCCUUGCUGCUAUUGUCGCUUAAAUCAGUUUUCAUUAUUGUCAUCGUCAUGAACAACACGAAGAACAAUAUUAUCAGCAUCAUUUAUCAUGAACUCUAAGUAUAAAAACUGGUGUUAUCAUUUAUUUGGCUGUGAAUUAUGCAGAUCUAUUCAUGAAAUCUGUUCACCUUUUCAGAAGUAGUAAGAAACAUUGUACACAGGUUUUAAGUUGUGACACAUAUAUCUGCAUAUCUUUAUAUGCUCUGUAUGUUAUUAAUUAACCUGAUUUCUCUUAGGUACUAAGUUAGCCUUUUAAGAAGACAUGAUGUACUCAUUCACUAAUAUCAAAUGCCUCAUAGAUCAUCUCAGAAAUAAUAAAACUAAAUAACAAAGGAGUCAGUAUUUUCAAUAUUGUAUUCUUGAGAACUGGCGUAAAACAACAGCAGUCUAUUGUGAAAAUCGUCUUACAUCUCGAUUAUUUUAUUGUUGUCAUUAUUUUGUAAUACCAUAUGUUGUCGUUUUUGUGUAUGCAAUAACCACGCGCCUAAUUUUUUUGUUGGAUUGUUUAUUCUAUACCAGAGUGGUUACAUUCCUCCUGUCUAUCAAUCUGUUUCACUUCUCACAAUUCGUAUAUCUUCUUGCCUUAUUUGAAUGUGUGAGAUGAGUGAAUUAUUUUUUUCUCCGUUGUUUCUUGUCGUCUCAUCCUUCUCAUGAAAUAAAAUUAUGCAUUUCUUAACAUAUUUCCGUCUAUUUUUUGUUUUUGCUUCAUUCUCAUUUAGAAUCUAAGACUUUCUGUUUUCUGCUUUGUCCAUUGCUAAUAAUACACCAAUUCGCAUCCUCCACGACGAAUAUGACGUUUCAGUGAAAAGGUUGAAAGGAUUCUCUUUUCAGUGUUAACAAUUUCUCAUAUACUUUCGUAUUGUCAUAAAGUUGUUUUCAUCAUUUAGUUGACAAGUAUAUAUAUUACGGGAACGUUGAAUGUAACUACUAAAUCAUUCGUUAUCUUUUUUUUUCCAGUGAAAUAAAUCCUGUAAAGGUGGACAGGGGAAGGUUAUUGCCAUAAUAUUAAAGCAAAGAUUAUACUACUUAGCAGC